UCUACAACUUCAAAGAACUUCAGAAUCGGACAACCUCAAAAACUUGCUACCGAUGGGGCAAGAUGACAAUCGCACUGACCAUCUCACUAUUGUUGCUCCAAUUUGCAGUUGCUUGCAACUCUACAACAGAAUGUUGCCAUGACAACGAACACGGAAUACAAGAACCUGUUACCGUAGAAACGGAGGUUAAUACGGGUACGUCAGAUGCCCUUCUGGUGACGGAACGCUCUCGCUUUUUUAAAAGGCUGAAUUUUACGCGGAGGAUCACGUUCCCGAAUUUUACCCAGUAUGGCGAGGACCUGCCUCCCCUAGGUGACCCGGAGGAUAUAGCGGACUUGGCCAAGCAGAAUGAGGGUCUCCCAGACGAAUGCAGAUCAGAUCUGUGCCCGAGACAGAAUAUAACAGACCUCAAGGGCACAUUCGAGUGGGACUACACCCCUGCGGGAGAGUACGCCUUCUUACCAUGCCCCAACGGGGGCUGGCUGGAGGAAUACUUCCCCACCGCCCCUCCCAUGAUGGUGGCCUACCGCCCCUGCUACCCUCCCACGGAGAGGAAGGGGCUGAGGCAAAUUUUCUACGAGGGGGCUUUCUGGGGCGAGCCGGUGACUGAGAUCUGCCGCUGGAGUUCGGAGACAACGUGGAUGCUGGAAGACAUCCUGAAGGCCAUCCGAGAGGAAAUCUUGGACAUGAUCGACAACACACCAAGCAACAACUACAACAGCAACAACGUCACCCGCGUCGUCUACCACCUCCGCGAGGCCAGUCUCUUGCUCAACUCCGUCCCCUCCCAUUACCUCACCGAGGUCGACGUCCUCUUUGUGGCAUCGAUGAUCGACACGUCCAUCAGCGCCGGCGUCGAGGGACUCUACGCGGUCACCUCUGAGCUCGGUCAGGAGGUGGUCAAGCUCGCGGACCGGAUGCUGGACCUUGAUAUUUGGACUUUGCUCAAGGCCCAUACUUCUUGUCUCAGUAUUGCAGAUAAUCUCGAAAUCUACACCGAGCACGUCAUCAUGGGUAUAUUCGGCGACAAACUGACGCACUACGGUCGCAAUCUUUACAUCGAAGUCGAACAGACGACGCCGGAGUACGUGGAUCAUCUGCCGAAUAGAUGGGUAGUUGUACCCGAAAAUGAAGGAAACUCGGCACCGGAACCGGUCGUAUCGAUCGAGUUUCAGUGGGGUAAAAUUGCAGCGGUGAAACGUCGGAAUCAGACGGAUGGGAGAUCGCAUAAGAUCCGGGAUGGAGAUCGGGACAGAAGGAGAAACCGGACUUUAUUCGAUGACCGGUUCGAUCGGAGAGAUCCGGGGGUAUAUGCCGUUCCUUCAUACAAGCUUAGGGCUACAGCCAUUGUUUAUUACACAGGCAAGUUCUUCGUGAGUGAGUUGUCUCAGAUAGCCCCUGUCGAUGAUACUGUGCUCGUAUACAUUAAGGCUUACGCCGAUGGCGUCCCCGUGGAAGAGAUCACCGAACCGCUCUCAAUCACUUUCUACCACACCAGCGAUAGCCAGCAGGAUGACUUACCAGACUGGGCUGAAUUUGCCUGCGGGUCAGCUCGGCUUCUUAGUUCAAGGGAACCCGUACCUGAUCUCGUUCAGCAUGUUGAGCUCGAGUGGGAUUCGUCCCAUUGCACGAUGAAUUUCACGAACGAGAACUACACCAUCUGUAUGUGCACUAUCUUAGAUAUCAUUGGGUUGAUUAAAGAUGAGCUGCCGACACAAGAACCGACCACACCUGAAACAGCACCGGGACCGCUUGAAUUUAUUGGGAUUCCAAACUCGCUCGGUCUGACGAUAACAAGCUACAUUGGUUAUAGUAUAUCAAUCAUAAGUCUACUACUCACUAUCCUGACCUAUGCGAUCUUUCCGAAGCUCCGUCGUGGUCGUCCGACUCUCAUCCACGUCAACCUCUGCGUGGCCAUCCUGCUCCUCCUCGUCCUCCUCAUCUCCUCCGUGGCCUUCUGCAGCAACGUCAUCGGCUGCCGGGUCGCCAACAUCUUCCGAAUCUACACCAUCCUCGUUUCGCUCAUGUGGAACGGUGUCGAGGCUGUCCACAUGUACAUGACCCUUGUAAAGGUCUUCAAUUCGCAAGCGUCUCACUUCGUUCUUAAGGCUGGCUUGGUAGCAUGGGGUUUACCCCUGUUUGUAGUGCUCGUUGCUGCUGCAGUUAACACUGAGAUUUACGACGGGGUUAUGAUCAACUGUACAUUCAGUUGUCGUUUGAGUACUGCCGCCUUCUACUGCUUGUUCCUCACGCCAAUGCUCAUCAUCGUCCUCUUCAACAGCAUCGUGUUCGGGCUCGUCCUCCGUGUCAUCAGAAAAAUAUAUAAAACUGAUGGUAAGAAGACACUAUUGAAUCAGCUCAAAGGUGCCGUUGCCCUUCUAGCUCUUCUGGGUAUCUCAUGGAUCUUCGGCGCGGCUGCUGCUGUCAACUUUCAAAUCGUCCCGUCAGGAUACGAACCCCAAGCUACUGCUAAUACCUUCCAGGCUCUCUUUGCAAUCAGCGUUGCUUUCCAGGGCUUCUUUAUUUUCAUCUUCCAUUGUGCGAGGUUCUCGGAUGUCAGGCACCAAUGGAAAACGAGUCUAACUCCGAAAAGAUUCAGAAGACAGAAGCGGAAAUCGAGUUGCAUUCCAACUGUUUCUACCGGGUCGGGGAUUGACGGUUUGCAGGAUACACGGUUAUAGCAUGAACCGCGGAUAUAGCAGAAUAGUAUAUACAUCAACAAGGAAUGCGGUGUCCUACGGAUGCGAUAAGCUCAGGAUACGAUAUAUACAUGUGGUAGCCUCUGGAUUGAUCCGGUUAUCUCGAGAUGCGGUAACCUCAGGAUGCGGUAAAUUCGAGACGUGGUAGUCGGUACCUCCUGAAUGGAGUAACCUCAGGCUGCGGUAACAUCGGGAUGCGGUACCCGCUGGACGGAGUAACCUCUAGCUGCGGUAACAUUAAAAGUUGCGGUAACAUUGAGAUGCAGUAAUGACAGGAUGCAGUAAUUUCAUGCAGCUAAUCGCGGACUCGGUCAGGGCAUCUAGUAUGUGACAUGGAUGCGAUAAACUAUACGAGUCUUUCUUUUUAUUUCUUCAGCGGCAUUCCCUGAGAAAUGUGACGAUUGUAAUUAACAGACACUUACGGGAUUCCCGCGGGAUCCUGGCUGUAAUCAAGACGGACUUUUGACAAUAUGCUUUAGAGGAAUAAGACGCGUCAAUGUCCCGGAGUAAUUAUUGUCAUAGUAUGGUAAAAAAAAAUCACGGAACACUAUAUGUUACAGGCGAACAGGACUCAGUAAACCUUUGUGAUAUUGAAUGUGAUGAGAUGGCGGGAAGAACCUUUGCGCCGCCAUUAUCUCAAAACAGGACAAUCGUAAACUGAUAUGGAUGAAGUAGGCCUACCCAUCGUUGGUAAGGGUCCUACCACAACACCAGGCUUUUAUUUUGUGUAAGGACAAAGAAUCAUGCGAUAUUUUAUUCUCAUUGUUAUGGAACCAUGGAAUUUAUACUGUAUAGAAGAUACCUUUGCCUGAACUUUCAUCUCUUUAAACAGACUUCUUCAGAAGCAGUGUAUCUAACUUCUUCUAUUAAAGACAAAAGCUCUAGCAAACUAAACAGAUUUUCCCGCGUCAUUCAUUGAUUUGACUCCCUUCACAAAACUAUGUUCAACAACUGUGGAAUUAAAAAACAGAUUAAAGAAUGACCUUAGGUCGCAUGUCAUAGCUUCAAACAUCAAUGGAAAAUGCAAGUUUUGUGUAUAUUUUCUCGAGUAUAUGCUGGAUCUGAAAACAAUUACUUUUGUCAUGUUGCAAGCAAUUGCCAUUUUUGUUGAUUUCGUCUCUUCUCAAUCUAUGUGUGCUAUUUUUUUAAUGUGUCGCUUACCGCAGACUUGUUCAUCAGGAUAAGAUGUUAUAAUUUCGACUAAGUCGUAGGCUAUGCCUGAUAACAUCAAGUUUUUUAUUAAAAUGUCAAGUAUAUCAUUCCACAUUCAACUUUAAAUAUUGAUUAAAAAUAGUAUUUGACCGUAUUCAUACUUUUAACAUUACUCAAAGUAUUUUCAUUAUCUCAUGUAAGCCUUUCAAUAACUAAAAGCAAAUGGUGAGUGCAGAAAAUAAUUAUUUUCUAUGAAUGAUUUUAAUUGAUAAUUAUAUACAAUGGUAAUGUCGAAAUGUUAAAAUGACAUUCUAUUCUUUCUAGAAAAUGAUUCGAUAACUUUAUUUGAUAUGUAAAUUAGGUUUACAACUCAGUUUUAUUGGAUAAAAUGAAAUUAAAGAAAAUAUACCAUGAACUUUAUUGGCAUCCUUAGAAUGGUGAUUCAUGUUUAGGUAACUGUUUUGGGAAGAGAGUCUAUCAGAGAAAGGUUAUUUUCGUGCUUUCAGUGUCUUUCAAUCUCAUAUGGAGAAUAGAAAAAAAAAUCUAUUUGAAUAAUUUUAUUUGAUAAAAUGUUGAAAGGUUGAAAUCAAUAUU